AUGCCGCAGGAGUAUUUGAAACAGUACAAAACCUGGGCCGGUGUGGCCGUUGGUGACAAAUUGACCUUGAAAGGUGUAGCUCCAGGUCAAGCGGUCAAGCCGGGGACCAAACUUCGCAUUCUCGGCGUUGGAGACUCCAUCACUGUUGGGUUCCUCAGUGAGAGGGAUGGAGGCGACGGUAACGGCUAUAGACUCAAGCUGCAGCAAGACUUGUCAAAGGAUGAAAUUGUCUUCGCUGGGACUGAGUCUGCUGGGGGCACGAUGUCUGGUGGAUAUUUUGCUGCAUGGUCAGGCCAGACGAUCCAGUACAUCUCGGAACACAUUAGCAGCUUCUUAGAGCAACGGCCGAACAUUGUCCUCGUGCACGCCGGCACAAACGACAUGAACCCUAACCUUAACAUUGCUAAGCAGGGCAAUGAUCCAAGCGGGGCGGCCAAUCGGCUUGGUAAGCUUAUCGAUCAGAUUGUCGACGCAUGCCCGGACGCGGUCGUCCUUGUGGCUAUGAUUAUCAGCACGUGUGACGAAGCCCAGCAGGUGAAUACAGCUCAGUACCAGGCCCUUAUUCCGGGAAUCGUAAAGUCUCGUCGAGCUGCUGGCAAGCACGUUCUCGCCGUCGAUUUCACUCCUUUUCCUAUAAGAUCUCUUCGGGACUGCAUUCACCCGACAAAUCAAGGCUACCGGGACUUUGGCGAUUACUGGUACGACUUCAUCACGCAGAUCCCUUCCGAUUGGAUCCGUCAAUCCGUAGGCGACGACCCAGACCGACCGACACUGCCCGGCAUUGAUGCGAACGGCGGCUUAGAUGGAGCCAUCCCGGCUCCGAGCUGGGGGAACAACCCUAUACAGGCGAGCUCGAAAAAUAGCGUUCGGACUGCGGCUCUUCUCGGCGGGAACGGUGGGGAGCGCAUCUGCAAGGGCGGGCCGGUGUGGCGAGCCACAGGCAAGAUCGCAUCCGGCCUUGGAAAAGCUGGCGCCUGGCAGUAUCGCAAAAACUGGGCCGAAGCGGGAAAAGUCGCUGAUGGACUGAAGUUGGACUCUAGAUACGUUCGGUAUGUCACUGUAUUAUGA